UCCUCUUGAAGUAAGUGUGUGUGUGUGUGUGUGUGUGUGUGUGUGUGUGUGUGUGUGUGUAGAAGAUCAGCUUGAAUCCAGAGCUCUGGAAGGCUUCUUUGCAGCCAGAAGUGCAGAAGCCCCUUAAGAUGUGGACCUCUCUCCAGGCUGCCCACGAACCCACCUUCCUGAGGUCCAGCAGAUGUGGCAGCAGGAGCCGUUUCUGGACUCUGGCUGUGGGGGCUGCAGUCGGAAUCUUCCUUCUCGGCUUCCUCAUCGGCUGGAUGAGUAAGCCCUGGGAUCAGUUGCCAGCUAUGGGCUCUAAUGAGAAAACGAAGAAGUCAUUUAUGAUGGAAAUGAAAGCAGAGAACAUCAAGCAAUUUUUAUACAAUUUCACUCGGCGUCCUCACUUGGCAGGCACACAGGAGAAUCUGCGCUUAGCCGAACAAAUACAAGCCCAGUGGAAGGAAUUUGGCUUGGAUUCUGUCCAGCUGGCUCCCUAUGAGGUCCUGCUGUCCUACCCAAACGGAACAAAUCCCAACUACAUCUCAAUCAUUGACGAACAAGGACACGAGAUCUUCAAUACCUCAUUAUUUGAGCCUCCUCCUCCAGGUUAUGAGGACAUUCAAGAUAUUGUCCCACCCUACAAUUCUUUCUCAGCCCAGGGCACCCCAGAGGGAGAUCUUGUGUACGUGAACUACGGCAGCAUAGAAGAUUUCCACAGAUUAGAGCGAGAGAUGGGAAUUAAUUGUUCUGGGAAAAUUGUCAUUGCCAGAUAUGGAAAAAUCUUCCGAGGAAACAAGGUGAGGAAUGCAGAGCAGGCUGGUGCCAAGGGUGUUAUUUUAUACUCCGACCCUGCUGAUUCCUGUGCCCCUGGGGUGGAUCCUUACCCGCAGGGCUGGAAUCUCCCUGGAGGUGGAGCCCAACGUGGGAAUGUGAUAUUUCUGAAUGGCGCUGGAGAUGCCCUCACUCCAGGAUAUCCAGCCAAAGACUAUACCUAUCGCUAUGAUGACAGUGAGGUGGUAGGCAUCUUAAAAAUUCCUGUCCACCCCAUUGGCUAUCAUGAUGCUGAGCAGCUGUUGAGGGACAUGGGUGGGCCUGCCCCGCCUGAUGACAGCUGGAAAGGAAAUCUUUCUGUGCCUUACAACAUUGGACCAGGCUUUAAAGGAACUGCCUCAAAAAGAAAGGUCAAAAUGCACAUUCACAGCUUCAAGAAAAUGGCAAAGAUUUACAACGUCAUUGGUACUCUCCGAGGGGCAACAGAGCCAGACCGGUACGUUAUCUUGGGAGGCCACCGUGAUUCUUGGGUGUUUGGUGGGAUUGAUCCUCAGAGUGGAGCUGCUGUUGUCCAUGAGAUUGUCAGAAGCUUUGGGAAGCUGAAGCAGCAAGGGUGGAGACCUAGAAGAACGGUGAUAUUUGCCAGCUGGGAUGCAGAGGAGUUUGGCUUGAUAGGAUCUACAGAGUGGGCAGAGGAACAUGUCAAAAUAUUACAGGAGCGUGGGGUGGCUUAUAUCAAUGCUGAUUCCUCCAUAGAAGGCAACUACACACUUCGGGUUGAAUGUACCCCACUGAUGUACAGCCUGGUAUACAAUCUGACUAAAGAGAUAUCCAGCCCUGACAAAGGCUUUGAAGGCAAAUCUCUCUAUGAAAGCUGGUACGAGAAGAGCCCAUCAACAGAACAUAAAGAUGUCCCCAGCAUAGGCAAGCUGGGCUCUGGCAAUGACUUCGAAGUCUUUUUCCAGAGAUUGGGCGUUGCUUCUGGCAGAGCCCGUUACACUAAGAACUGGAAAGUGGACAGAUAUAGUAGCUACCCAGUUUAUCACAGUGUUUAUGAGACCUACGAGAUUGUGGAGAGGUUUUACGACCCCACUUUUAAGAACCACUUGGCUGUGGCGCAAGUGCGAGGAGGGCUGGUUUUUGAGAUGGCCGAUUCCCUCGUUAUUCCUUUUGACUGCCGCGAUUAUGCCAAGGCCUUGAAGAGCUACAUUCAAGUCAUUAACAACAUGACCCUGAAACAUCAGACUGCACUGGCCACAUACAGCAUAUCUCUGGAUCCUCUUUUUUCUGCGGCAAAUAACUUUUCGAAGGCUGCUGAUGACUUCCACCAGAGACUGUUGAAACUGGACACCAAUAACCCAAUUGCAGUGAGAUCUUUGAAUGAUCAGCUCAUGUUUUUGGAAAGAGCCUUUAUUGAUCCUCUUGGUUUACCGGACAGACCAUUCUACAGACACAUCAUUUUUGCUCCCAACAGCCACAACAAGUAUGCUGGCGUGUCCUUUCCUGGGAUCUACGAUGCCAUGUUUGAUAUUGCCAGCAAGGCAGACCAGCGCAAGGCCUGGAGAGAGGUUAAGAGGCAGAUCUCCAUCGCAGCCUUCACAGUGGCAGCUGCGGCGGAGACUCUGAAAGAGACAGCAUGAAAACAGAGAGGCUGCAAGAAGUUGCCUUUCCUCUGCAAAUUUCUACUGAACUUUGGAGGCAGGUGACCCUUGAGGUGAUCUUCAUGUUUCUUGUCCCUUCAGUGCACUCUUGCUGAUUGUACUGAGAGCCCAUCCCUCGGUUGCUGGAGGACAGUCAUGCUUCUGCAUCAGAUCAAGAGUCCAUUUAGUGUGGAAUCCUGCCUCCCACAGUGACCAACCAGAUGCCUUUUAUGACCCUAGAAGCAGGACAUAAAAGGAAAUAGCCCUCUCCCACAGUUUCUGUUCAGCAACUCAAAUUCCAUGGUACUGUACACUGCCUCUGAACAUGGUUCCAUAUAUCCACUGUGACUAAUAUCUAUGGAACUUUCCUUGUCCAUCAAGAAACUUCCACUAAUGUCCUCAAACCCAGGGAGACCUCAAACUACAAGGAACUCUGGGGAAAAAAUAUUUUAGGUGGGCUUAUGCUGAAUAGUCUUUUUGGUAUUUUUUUUUUCUGAGCUAAAAACCUGUGCAAAUUUGCCUAUGAAUAAGUCCCAUUGGGAUUUGCAUUUUCUUGUAUUACAACUAUAAUGAUGUACUUGCAUGUU